AUGCUCAAGAACUCCAGUAUCCUUUGGGGUAGCACUCAGCUACUAAAUCUCCAACAAACCAGCUCAUUGCCAAUUCAUCUCAGCGCUUUCCGACCCAUCCGGAGCUAUGCCACCACAUCAGAUGCAGGACAUCACGAUUCUUGGCCAAGAACCUCCUCAUUCACUCCAUAUGAAGUCUUCAACAUCCCCCGAAACGCUGCGUACUCUAAAAGCCGAUACUACGACCUUGUAAAAAUUUACCACCCAGAUCGUCACAGUACAGACAUCACUCCCGAAGUCCGCCUCCACCGCUACAAGAUCGUGGUUGCCGCCCAUGAGAUCCUAUCUGAUCCUACUAAACGCGCAGCUUAUGACAAGUUUGGUGAAGGAUGGAGUUACUCCGCGCGACCAGAUCUUACAGCUGGCCCCUACGCACCCGACGUAAAUAUUUACAGAAACGCGACCUGGGAAGAUUGGGAGCGCUGGAAUAAUCGGCACAAUGGGAAACAGCAGAACAUCGUGGACAAUCGCACAUUUACGCAGCUCGUGAUUCUCCUGAUACUGUUCGGUGGUGCGGUGCAGGCAUCGUGGAUUGGUCAGUUGAAUACAGGGUACGAGGAGCGCCUUCGUGCGGUUAGUGAGGAUUCGAUGCGGUUUUUGAGUGGCCGGAGGCAGAGUACGGUCACCCAAAUGCCGUCGAAUGAUGCUCGAGUGCAGAGUUUCUUGAUUCGGAGGGACCCUACUGGAUCUGGGCUCAAGGAUGAUGAGCACCCUAUUUAUGAGAGGGAGCUUCAUCCCAAGAAGGGUAUAGAGAAGCGCAUGGAUGACCGUCCAAGUAUAUCAGAGUCGCAGACUGAAACUAUGAAAGAUGUCGAGUGA